ACCGGAAGUGACAGAAAGCAGAGGGAACAAAAUGGCGCUGUCCUUGUUGAGAUGUCAUUCUAGGCUGAACUCAGCUUUUAGUUUCACUCGGUUGGUUUUAAACCAAAAUGUGGCGCUGGCCCGGUUCUGUAGAACCCGGCCGGGGGCGUCCAUCACGGCGGGACGGCUCUACAGCUCGCAGAAGAAACUAAGUAAGGUCGUGGUGUUCAGCUUCACCAACCCACUGUUGUGGUUCCGGACUCGGGUGUACUACCUUCUGAUCAAAGCCUACUUCGAUAAGGACUUCAGCAUCAAGGAGUUCACAGAAGGAGCGACGCAGGCCUUCUCUCAUGUGUCCGGCCUUCUGUCUCAGUCUCAGUUCGAAGCUCUGAACGGACUCGUAGCUGAAGAUCUGAUCGGGAAGCUGGAGCAACAGUGGAGCUCCCUGCCGCCCAGCUGUAAGAAGGCUCUGUCCGCGGGUCCUGAAGGCAUCGUCAGCACCACCCUGAGAGACGUGGGCAUCUUCUACGACAACGACAGGAAGUUCGUCAGGAUCCUGAUGCACUUCUGGUACCUGGCGAGCGCCUCGCUUCCUGAAGAUCUGGCACUUAAUGGAGUUCACGUGUCUGCAGGGACAGAUGAUGAAGAACCCAAGCGACUCCGCUGUGCCAUUUACGAAUUCCAGAGGGAGUUCACCCAAGGAGUGGCUCCAGUCUGGACCAUCACCAGGAUAGAGUACUCCAAACUUUUGAGUUAGUUUGGAUUUAAAGCAGCGAACUGAAGAACUCUCCUGUGUUUUGGUUUGAAUAAACGGAGUUUAUUCCUCCUGAGAGCGGGAGACGGGACAACUCCAGGCUGGACGAUGACUGGAAGGAACCACAGUGGAUCUGAAUGUUGGAUAAAUAAAUAUUGUUUUUUUAUGUUUAAA